AUGAAAAUCGCGAUUCUUGCCUCUGUCUUUGAGGUAACGUCGAGCGCUCUGAGAUGCACUUGCGAGGAUAUUCCUGAUAAAAUAAUUUGCAACUGGGAUUUCAUUGGUAUUGGCAAUGUUUACAAGACUGGACCGCGCUACAAUCCUUAUUUGAAACAGACAUACGGAUUCGUCGGAGAUAUUGUCAGAGUAAGAGUAAUCUAG